CUUCCGAUAUUAUACGAUAAAGCUACUUCCUUCCUGACUGGUCAUCAUGAAGUUUUUUAUUCCUGUUACCGCCAAAGGCGAACAACUUAAAUCAGCACUUUUUUGGCUUUUUAAAUUGAGCUGGGUUUGGCCAAUGGCUCCGGAGAGUUCGGGAUAUCAAACUUUUGUUGUUAAUUGUUUGGCUUUGUUGUUUUUAAGUUGCUUUUUUGGAACGGUUUAUGCUGAGUUUUUGUUUAUUACGGAGCAUGAAGGGGAUAUUGCAAAGAUAGCAGAGUGCUUGUGUACAACUUUUGUUGGAACGCAAUUGAUUAUAAGGAUUUUGCAUUUGAUGUUUCGUCGCAAUCAAAUGCGUGAUGUUUUGCAGAAAUUCUACAAGGAAAUAUAUUUGCACAAUACCGAAAAUGAAAAACGACACAACGAAUGCGAAAGUACCUUGCGAUUGGUGUAUUUUAUGUCAAUCACAUUUUUUCUGACUUUGUUCUUCAUGUACUUGAGUGUGGCAAUUGUCGUUGCUAGAGAUCCAACUUCUCGUUCAAAACCUUACCUAUAUCAAAUGCAAUUCUCCUAUGAUUCGCAGCUGCCUUGGAAUUAUGCCUUCACGACACUUUACACAGGAUGGGUUGGUAUAUCAACAGUAACAAUUAUUUCAGCAGAAGAUUGCUUGAUUGGAAUAACACUGCGUUACUUAGAGAUGCGUUACACCAUGUUGCAUGAAGAUUUGAAACAAUUACUUGAAGCUUCAAAGAAAGCUUUGACCAAUAAGCCGAAGCCACAUCAAACGAAUGAUUUGUAUAAAAUAUUUAAUGGAAAAUUGAAAGUGAUAAUUGGAAAACAACAGGCGAUAGAUAGAUUCUUUAACGAGCUUCAAUCAUUUCUAAGCAUUCCGAUAUUUUUUGUAGUAACGUUUGGAGUGUUUCUACUUUGCACGGUGGCAUUUCAAUUGCAAAAGAAUGAUUUAAGUGUGGAAACUCUAAAAUACUUCUUUUGGCUGGUAUCGCAAUGUCUUGAGUUCUUGGUGAUUGGUUCUUUUGGCCAACGAUGUACUGAUGCUGCUGCACAAAUGGCCGACUCCUACUACAUGUGCAACUGGGAAUGUCUAUUAGUCCACAACGACAGUAAAACCAAUGCCAAACUUAUUAAAGACAUAACUUUUGCAAUUUAUCGAUCACAGAAAUCGGUUCAUCUAAAUGGAAUGAAUUUCAUGAUUUUAUCUCUCGACAGUAUUGGUUCGGCUAUGAGCUCAUCGGUGUCGUAUUUUAUGUUCCUUAAUACGAUGGAGGAUAUCUCAGACAAAAAGAACGCCAAUAAGUAGAUUGGCUUGAGAAAUUGCACAUCUGCUGAGGGUGACGAUGAUGAGCUUUUAAAAAAACAACAAGAACAAGCACCAUAAACCCAUUAUUUUGUGCGGAGAUGAUGACGACAAAAAAAAAAUGAAUGGAAACAUAAUAAGCUCUUCUAAAACACUUAGCAUUCGCAGUUUUUUUUUUUAGCGGCACUCGUUUAAAAUUUAAAUUAGGGAGAAGGCAUUCUUCAGACAGAUAUUGCCAGGAAGGUACCUUUAAAAAUUUGGUUUAACUCUGCUCUUUUUUCAAUGUUA